AUGGUGGCGAAGAAGGCCCCGUUCAACGAGGUGUCGUUGGUGGAGGCCCGCGGCGGCGAUGACGCGGAGUGGCGCGACGACGACGGGCGGCCGCGGCGGACGGGCACGGUGUGGACGGCGAGCGCGCACAUCAUCACGGCCGUGAUCGGCUCCGGGGUGUUGUCGCUGGCGUGGGCCAUCGCGCAGCUGGGCUGGGCGGCCGGCCCCGCCGUCAUGCUGCUCUUCGCCGUCGUCAUCUACUACACCUCCACGCUGCUCGCCGAGUGCUACCGCUCCGGCGACCCCGUGGCCGGCAAGCGCAACUACACCUAUAUGGACGCCGUCCGCGCCAGCCUCGGCGGCGCCAAGGUCACGCUCUGUGGCGCCAUCCAGUACGCCAACCUCUUCGGCGUCGCGAUCGGUUACACCAUCGCCGCAUCCAUCAGCAUGCUGGCGAUCAAGAGGGCGGACUGCUUCCACGCCAAGGGCCACCGGCACGCGUGCCGGAGCUCCAGCAACCCGUACAUGAUCCUGUUCGGCGUCGCCGAGGUCGUCUUCUCGCAGAUACCGGACUUCGACCAGAUAUGGUGGCUCUCCAUCGUCGCCGCCGUCAUGUCCUUCACCUACUCCACCAUCGGCCUCGUGCUCGGCGUCAUGCAGACCGUCGCCAACGGCGGGUUCCAGGGCAGCCUCACCGGGAUCAGCAUCGGCGCCAGCGUCACUCCGACGGAGAAGGUCUGGCGCAGCCUGCAGGCCUUCGGCAACAUCGCCUUCGCAUACUCCUACUCCAUCAUCCUCAUCGAGAUCCAGGACACGAUCAAGGCGCCGCCGCCGUCGGAGGCGAAGGUGAUGAAGAGGGCGACGAUGGUGAGCGUGGCGACGACGACGGUGUUCUACAUGCUGUGCGGGUGCAUGGGCUACGCCGCCUUCGGCGACGCGGCGCCGGACAACCUCCUCACGGGGUUCGGCUUCUACGAGCCCUUCUGGCUCCUCGACAUCGCCAACGUCGCCAUCGUCGUGCACCUCGUCGGGGCCUACCAGGUCUUCUGCCAGCCGCUCUUCGCCUUCGUCGAGAAGUGGGCGGCGGCCACGUGGCCCGACAGCGCCUUCAUCGCCCGGGAGCUCGGCCGCGUCGGCCCCUUCAAGCUCAGCGCGUUCCGCCUCGCCUGGCGCACGGCGUUCGUCUGCCUCACCACCGUCGUCGCCAUGCUGCUCCCCUUCUUCGGCGACGUCGUGGGGCUCCUCGGCGCCGUCUCCUUCUGGCCGCUCACCGUCUACUUCCCCAUCGAGAUGUACGUCGUGCAGCGCGGCGUGCGCAGAGGGAGCACGCACUGGAUCUGCCUCCAGAUGCUCAGCGCCGCCUGUCUCGUCGUGUCCGUCGCCGCCGCCGCCGGAUCCAUCGCCGACGUCAUCGGCGCGCUCAAAGUGUAUCGCCCGUUCAGCGGCUAG